CAGCAAGAGAAAGAAUCAGGACGAGAGUCUCAGCUGAGGAAGUGCACAAAACCAGUAAUGGAGAACAAUAAGCCAUGGGCUCUGAUCUCAGAUGUGGAAGAUCAAGGUCACCUUAAAGAGUUUAUUGGCAUAUUGAAACAACACUUCCAAAUCGUCUGCCACAAAGACUUGCUUCAAAACCCUCAUCUGUAUUGUCCGAAAAUCCAGGUCAUUUUUGUGUGGUUUCUCCCUGUGCCCAAGCCUUCGCUGCUCAGUUUGCUUCCCUCGCUGAAGGUGGUCGCCAGCGGAGGAGCAGGUGUCGACCAUCUGGAUGUGCCGUACAUUACCAGUCUGGGAGUGAAGGUGACCAACACACCCGAUGUAGUGAGCAACGCCACCGCAGAUAUGGUGAUGGGUCUGCUUCUGGCAUCAGCACGCAAUAUCGUUAAAGGUCACCAAGUAGCUGUUGACCCCAACACCAACCACAAGUCACAGUGCCCGUUGGGAGUUGAAGUCAAAGCAAACAAGUGUUGCCCGUCUGUGUUCUAA